AUGUCAGAGCACCGUCUACAGAGGAGGCUCUUGACUCCCUUCUUGCUGAAAAAAGUUCCUCCUAUCCCGGAAGAAGAUGAACGAAUAGUCUACCCCAAGCGGCCCAAUAUCUUUUCCAUCAUGUUUUUCUGGUGGCUAGGUCCUGUCAUGCGGGCCGGGUACAAGCGUACUUUGACGGCGCAAGAUUUGUACAAGCUCAACGAUGAUAUCAAGGUUGAAUCCAUGACCCGCCGAUUCGAGCAAUACUUUCAAAACAGCUUGAACAAGGCCAUGGCCGCCCAUGUCCGGGCCAAGAUGAAGGCGCGUGGUGAAACUGCCGAAACAAACACGGUGGAUUUCGAAAAGGACAUGGAAGACUUCAAAGUGCCCAAGAUGAUCAUCGUUCGGGCCAUUGCCCGAACCUUCACGUUCCAGUACGGAAUGGCUUGUCUUAUGAUGGCUUUGGGCAGCACAGGAAACAGCACAACUCCUUUGCUUACAAAAAAAUUGAUUCGUUUUGUCGAAUUGAGAACCCUCGGGUUGGAAAAACACAUGAAUGCCGGAAUCGGCUAUGCCAUUGGCUCCAGUAUCAUGGUUUUGGUCAAUGGUCUUUUCGUUAACCACGCAUUCCAUCUUUCUAUGCUCACAGGUGCCCAAGUCAAGGCGGCCCUUACGAAAGCUUUACUCGACAAAUCUUUCCGUCUAAGUGACGCUUCAAAGCAUGAGUUUCCUACAUCGAAAAUCACCUCCAUGAUGGGAGCAGACUUGGCGAGAAUUGACUUUGCUCUUGGUUUCCAGCCGUUUUUGAUCACUUUCCCAGUGCCAAUCGCCAUUUCUAUUGGUAUCUUGUGCCAUAACAUUGGUGCGCCAGCAAUGGUUGGUGUGGGCUUAAUUAUUGUUUUCAUGGUUCUCACCAUGUUUGUCACGGGAAAGUUAUUUGCAUAUCGUAAAACAGCUAAUGUUUUCACCGAUGCAAGAGUCAACUACGUGAAGGAAGUCUUGAACAACUUAAAAGUGAUCAAAUUCUACUCGUGGGAAGUCCCUUACUCCAAAAUUAUUACCGAAAACAGAAACAAAGAAAUGAACAUUGUCUACAUUAUGCAAGUGGCCAGGAACAUCAUUACAUCUCUAGGCAUGUCCUUGACUCUAUUUUCCUCCUUGGUGGCUUUCUUGGUGUUGUACGCCAUCCAAGGUUCUACAAAAGAUCCAGCCAGCAUUUUCUCUUCCAUUUCCUUAUUCAGUGCUUUGGCGCUGCAGGUUUUCAUGAUCCCACUAGCAUUAGCAUCUGGUUCGGAUGCUCUCAUUGGUGUCACUAGAAUUGGCGAGUUUUUAGCCGCUGAAGAAAUCAACCCAAGACUGGCUAGAAUCACUGCAUCUGAAAAGACAAAAUCCGACAUGGAAGCUAACAAGUUGGCACUCAGUAUCAAAAAUGCAUCUUUCAAAUGGGAAACAUUUGGCGAGCAAGCAUCACACACUAAUAAUACUCAUACAUUAUCCGAGAAAGAAAAUUUUACUGCUUCCGAGAAGGAGCUCUACAAUAAGCUCGAGAAGCACAUGACAAAUAAGCUGAUUUCCACCAUUAGCCAUGAGUCAGCAAGUUCCCCAGACCAUGGGCCAUUUUCGGAUUCCAGCUCCCUCGCAGAACAGAAUUUCCCUGGUUUGGAGUCGAUCGAUUUAGAUGUGAAAAAGGGAGAGUUUGUUGUCAUUACAGGUCUUAUUGGUUCUGGUAAGACAUCUUUGUUGAAUGCCAUUGCUGGAUUUAUGAAAAGAGUGUCUGGCUCUGUGGAUGUCAACGGCUCCUUAUUGCUCUGUGACCAACCAUGGAUCCAAAAUGCUACUGUCCGCGAAAAUAUUCUAUUCGGUUUGCCUAUGGAUGAUGCAAAAUACAAAAAUGUUGUCUAUGCUUGCUCCCUCGAAAGUGAUUUGGAAAUCUUACCCGCAGGUGACCUCACGGAAAUUGGCGAGAGGGGUAUCACCUUGUCUGGUGGCCAGAAAGCCCGUAUCAAUCUUGCUAGAGCUGUGUAUGCGGAUAUGGACAUCAUCUUAUUGGACGAUGUUUUGAGUGCUGUGGAUGCUCGUGUGGGGAAACAUAUCAUGGCCCAAUGUAUCAUGGGCAUUUUGAAGGACAAGACGAGAAUCUUGGCCACACAUCAAUUGUCUUUGAUUGGAUCUGCUGAUCGCAUUGUCUUUUUGAAUGGUAAUGGUUCUAUAUCUGUUGGUACAUUUGAAGAAUUGAAGUCAAAAAAUGAAGCUUUCAGUCAUUUGAUGGCCUUCAAUGCAGACAGCCAUGACUCAGAGGAUGAAAAAGAAGAAGAAGUUGAAGAUGAAGAAGAAAGAGAAGCUGUUAAAGAAUUGGUUGAGCGCCAGGUGACUAGAUAUAAAUCUAGAGCAGAUGAGGAAGAAAUCCGCCAUGAUUAUGAGGCAAAUGCUGACAAGGACGGGCGUUUGAUUGAUGAUGAAGAAAAAGCGGAGAAUGGAAUCAAGUUUGAAGUUUACAAGAACUAUCUUUCUAUUGGUUCUGGUAUUUUCAAGCAUUAUUCAUCUGUUCCAAUUGUGAUCGUUUUGAUUGCUCUUUCUGUUUUCUGUCAGUUGUUCACCAACACCUGGCUUUCUUUCUGGUCGGAAAAGAAGUUUGCUCAUAAAUCUAAUGGUUUCUAUAUCGGCUUCUAUGUCAUGUUCACAUUCCUUGCGGCGAUUUUCCUCACAUUGGAAUUUGUUCUUCUCGCUUACUUGACCAAUAAUGCUUCCACCAAGUUGAACUUGAUGGCUGUCCAGAAAGUUUUAAGAGCACCAAUGUCGUACAUGGAUGUGACGCCUAUGGGCAGAAUUCUUAAUCGUUUCACUAAGGAUACAGAUACAUUGGACAACGAAAUCGGUAAUCAAAUCAGAAUGUUGACUUAUUUCUUCUCUAACAUCGUUGGUGUUCUUGUUUUGUGUGUCAUUUAUCUUCCAUGGUUUGCCAUUGCCAUUCCAUUUUUGGGUUUCAUUUUUGUUGCCAUUGGAAAUUUCUACCAGGCAUCUGCUAGAGAGAUCAAGAGAUUGGAGGCAGUUCAAAGAUCGUUUGUCUACAACAACUUCAAUGAAACAUUGAGCGGAAUGAAAACGAUCAAAGCUUACCAGGCUGAAGAAAGAUUUUUGGAGAAGAACGACACUUAUGUGAACAACAUGAACGAAGCAUACUAUAUCACCAUUGCUAAUCAGAGAUGGUUAUCUAUCCAUCUUGAUUUUGUCGCUGCGGGAUUUGCUUUGAUCAUUUGUUUCCUCUGUGUUUUCCGUGUUUUCAAGAUUAGUGCUGCAUCAGUUGGUUUGUUGUUGUCCUAUGUUUUGCAAAUCGCUGGUCAGUUGUCUAUGUUGGUCAGAACAUAUACCCAGGUGGAAAAUGAAAUGAACUCGGUCGAAAGAAUAUGUGAAUACGCACUUUACUUGCCAGAGGAGGCUCCUUACAAUAUCAGUGAGACUAAACCUGCUGACUCUUGGCCGGAGCAUGGUGCUGUUCGUUUCGAAAAUGUAUCUUUGGCUUACAGACCUGGUUUGCCUUUGGUGUUGAAAAAUUUGAGUGCUGAUAUCAAGCCCAAAGAAAAAAUAGGUAUUUGUGGCCGUACAGGUGCCGGAAAGUCAUCCAUCAUGACAGCAUUAUACAGAUUAUCAGAGUUGAAUGGCGGUAAAAUUGAAAUCGACGGUGUUGACAUUUCGAAACUUGGCUUGAAUGAUUUGAGAUCCAAAUUGUCAAUUAUCCCACAAGAUCCAGUGUUGUUCCGUGGUACGAUACGGAAAAACUUGGAUCCAUUCAACCUCAGUUCAGAGGAUGUUUUGUGGAGCGCCUUGAGAAGAGCUGGGUUGAUUGAAGAGUCAAAGUUGGAGUUUGUAAAGACCCAGAAACCCGACGCAGAGAAUUUGCACAAAUUCCAUUUGGAUAGAGAAGUCGAAGAUGAAGGUUCCAACUUCUCCUUGGGAGAACGACAAUUGAUUUCUUUCGCAAGAGCCAUGGUGAGAGACUCAAAGAUUUUGAUUUUAGAUGAGGCUACCUCUUCUGUGGAUUAUGAAACAGACUCAAAGAUCCAAAGCACAAUUGUCAGAGAGUUUGGCAACUGUACGAUUUUGUGUAUUGCCCACCGUUUACGGACUAUCUUAAAUUACGACAGAAUCUUGGUUUUGGACAGAGGUGAAAUCAAGGAGUUUGAUACUCCUUGGAAUUUGUUCCAGUCUGAAGAUGGCAUAUUCAAACAAAUGUGCGAAAGAUCGAACAUCACGAAGGAUGAUUUUAAGCAUUAA